AUGACAAGCCCCAUCGCCUUCAAAGGCGGCUGUGCCUGCUCCAAAGUUCGCUACACCAGCACCGUCUUCCCCGAAUGGAUAGGCCACUGCCUCUGCACAACCUGCCGCAAAUGCGCCGGUGCUCCCUAUCAAACCUUCGCUGGUUUCCCCCGCAGCGCCAUAACUUGGACUACCGAACCACCCAAAUACUUCCGGGCAAGCGACUUUGCCAAACGCGGGUUCUGUGACCAGUGCGGUUCGAGUCUGACCUUCGAGGUUGACUCUACCCCGGACAAAAUCUCGCUUUCACCAGGCAGUUUUGACGAUUGGGACGUGCAAGGCGGGAAAGACGCCUUUGUGAAGCCGGAGGGUUAUAUCUUUGCGGCAGAGAAGGCCGUGUGGUAUGAGUUACCGAAUGAUGGGUUGCCGAGACAUGAAAAGCUACCCCCUGCGGAGCCUGAGAAAGAUAAGGAGGCUGCAGAAAGCAAAUGA